UCUAUAUAAAAGCCCGAGUCGUCGGUAGUCAUGGAAGACAGACCAAAAUUCCACGUACUCGAGGACUGAGGAGUCGUAUACGCGGUUAGCUGCAACCGAGAGGAAACAAUCACGCAGAACCACAUCGUUCAGUGUCACGCGAAUGUGUAAUUAAAGCCAAAUAAAAAUGCUGCGGCAAGAAUGGCUCUUGAUCUUGUUAAUCGUGGGGACAGCCACGUCUAUGGCGCCCGUGGCCCGUCAAUCGAUGGACGAGUCGUUGAAAGGUGCUCUAGACGCCGUCACCAGGAAGCAACGAUCGCUGGACCCGAAUUCGCAAGAGUAUUACAAUGAUCUUCGGUCGUACAAGUACCACGGCGGCGAGGGAGAUAGAAAAUUCGACAGGGAUCGACAGGGCGACAGAGAGAUCGACGCGGAGGACGAAGAGAUCGAGUUCUUGCCAAAUGAAGCUGGACAGCUCGAAACGGUGGGGAACGGUUUCCAGGAUUUGAAUAACAAGCUACUAGAAAGAGCGUUGACAGAUUACUUGGAAAGUGUUCCGGAACAGGAAGAGCCAGUUUCGUCGUUUCGAGAACGCGAGAGGAGCUCCAGCCGCAAGAGGGGUAGCAGUUCGGAGCGUCAAAACAUCGAUCAGAAAGAGUUAGCGAAACUGUUUGUGGAAAAAUUGCAGGACCGAUCUCCCUAUGGUCUCGGGGACAUGGACGACGAAAUGUACACGGACGCGCGUCAGAUGCUUUACGAUCGUUACAGGGCCGAUAGGGACAACAACAACAAGCUCUACGAAAGCGUGGGUCCGAUGUCCUGGGGUGAAUUACUGAACAAGGAAUCUCUGGUUCGCGGCCAAGGCAGAGAACCCGAUGAGAACGAAUACGCCGAUCGAGAACAAGACCCGAAUCUGCUGUACCUCUCUCUAGCUGGACGGAGAAACGUGAACGGGAGGUAUCCGAUAGGACACGAUCUCAGAACCUAUCAGAACAUGGCUAAACAUUAUCCCGUUGCUAAGAGGAGCGCAAAGUCGAUGCCCCCUAACAAACAAGUCACGGACCCCAAGGUCGCGCAAGAUCUGGGCGCGUUGUUCGGCACGCAAUCCACCGACGGUCGCAAUCAUACUCAUGGUCACGACCACGACCAUGAUCACGAGCACGACCAUGACCACAGUCGCGAUAUCGAUCACAAGCACGAGCACGAGCACGAGCACGAGAGUACCUCAGAGGCGCCCAAGGUGACCCCGCCGGCCAAAGGACAGGAAGAGAACGCAACGAAGCUUGGCAAAUCGAAAUCCAUCGAGGUGAGAAAGAAGAGCGUCGAUUUGUCUCAAUAUGUCGGCAUCGACCGAAGGAAAAAGAAGAGCGUCGAUUGGUCCCAAUAUCUUGGCAUCGACCGAAGGAGAAAGAAGAGCGACGAUUGGUCCCAAUAUGUCGGCAUCGACCGAAGGAGAGAGAGGACGUCCUUCAUGGCUAAUCCAGGAAGUCAGAAUCAGGACGCCGAAUGGAUGUUGCAACGAUAUUACGAGAACAUGGGUGAGGAUCUGAGGGGGGACGAUAGGGAGUACGACAAAGAGAAUGCAGAGAGGAAGGAGAAGUUGAAGCAAGUGGUUGCCAGACUGAAGAACAUCAAGGACCUAAUCGUCGAGGAAGAUCUGAAGAACCCAGACUCGGAAGUUAAUGGCAAUUUGCAAAAGGCGAAAGACAAAGUGCUGGCGCGCAUGGCCGCCCAGUACUCCCUCGAGAAAAUGAGGAAAGCAUUAAACGACAUGAGAGGAAGCUUUGCGGCCAGCGCUCAGAGCAAUCAAACUUCGAGCUUCCGGGAAAAUAGCCCGGUUAAACACAGCGAUAAACACGACGUCAAUGGAAUAAUCGAAAACGAAGGCAUCGACGAGAACAGAGCUUGUCCAGAAGUGGAAGCGAUCGAGAAACGAUGUAUAAUCGCGGACGGCCUGGCUGAAGACGAAUCGCAGAUACUCUACCUCCCCUGUAUCAUGCUCCAGGUCUGCAAAGCCUGUCUACAGGAUGACCUUGGAUGCCUGUACAAUUACGGAUUGGAAACGAGCAAGAUCUGCGACGCGCGAGAGAUGCAAGAGGGUAAAAGAGUGAAAGAGGCUUGCGUGGUCGCGGCCCUGGUUCUGUCUCAGUUACAGCCUCCAGCUGCAGUCGCGUUGCAAUGUCGCUUUAACAGCGAGUCCUGUCUGAGGCGUUACCAUUACCGUUACCACCGUCGUUAUCUUCGCUGUCGCAAUAGCGAGCGACGAUUAAAUGGUGGUCAAAGCAUGGUCAGUUUUCAACGAUUAGACCGAUAUAAGAAAAAGGGUCGAAGGGCAGAGUGGCGAAGCAAGACCAGUUCGCGUCGCAUCGGGCAUCCCCUCUUGGGAAUCACACGAAUCUCCGACUAAUGUCAACCUCGAAUCGGGCUUCUUAAUUCGCAUAGUCAACUUUCGAUGUUUCGUUCGCUUUCCACGUUACCAGAGCAGAGCAAAUUUUUCCUUCAUCUUCGACAGCGCGAUGUAAAAUUAUUCGCUCGAGAUUGAUCAAUCAGAAGUAACGAAAGGAUCGUGGAACGUUCGAAGACGCUGAAUGUUAUAAAAUAAGAGACGAAAGAAUUGUCUCAUUUGCGAGGUACCCGGCUCGUCUGGACGAUUCGAGUGUCGUUUUUAUUGCUUUUCUUUCGUUUGUUUACUUUCUUUUGCGAAGAAACGUAACGACGAGGGACAAUAACGAUCGACUGAAAUUUUUAUUAUCAUUCAUACGAGGAAAUGUCGUAUUUCGUUUCCGCGAAGAACGCUAAAUCGAUACUGUAAUAGUAGUCGUUAACCAAAUUGCAAUAACUGUUUUAUCUAUCGACGAUAUAAAGAAGUGUUCCGAAGUAGAUAGCAGAACCCGCGAAGAGAUGAUAUUUCUCGAAAGAAUGAAUAAAAAAUGCGGAAUAAAGUUUGUCCAUACCUUUAUUUUCAAGAAAAUUCAUUUUGGAAAUGCGCGAAAUUACCUCGUAAGUUUCCUUCGGGUUUGAUAGUAAAACAUACAAACUUACUCACGCUUCUUCUAUACAAACGUUUACAAACAUGGUUAACAAAAUCUUUCUCGUUGUACCAUCUAUUUUGGGACACCUUAUAUAAACGAUAAUAUCAAAGUAAGGAUAAUUAAAGUUCGGAUGAGCACCCUCGCAAAUAAAUUAAAUCACAUUAUAUAUAUAUAUAUAAAUGUAUCGAUAGUUAACGAAUAUGGACGCGAUAACAUAAAUGAUUAAAGGUGAUUUCCAGCAACAUCCUCGUGCUUGCAGAACAAAGAAUUACAUUUUUACGAUAUAUUCGUUUCAAUUAUCGUUACAUAAACAUACUUACGAACGGUGCUGUAUUAUUUAACGCGAUAAGGACAUUUAUUUUCGUUUUUGUAUCGCGGACGGACGUGUAUUAAAUUGCAAAAGAGAUGUGACGAUACUAACUGUAUUAUAUAUUUCCAUUUGGUCGGAUAAGAAAGUGUAUAUCUAUUAUUGUCUAUCCUUAUGUUACGAAACUGUGGAUACAAUCUAUGUGUCAGACCUAUAUUCGAAUAUAAUAUAAAUAUAUUUCAACAUAAGUGUAUUUUGCUUCAUUUAUCGAUGAUUACGCGCCAAGUUACAAUUUCCACUAAAAUAAAAAUGUACAAUAAAUACGAAAAGGAUCAUCCGAUUAAAUUGAAUCGUUCGAAAUUCGGCGCCGUGAUCGUUGCAUCGAUUUAUUUUGGUUUAUCGUUCGAAUCGGUAUUUGUAUCCACCAGUUGGUUCAAGUCUUGGAAAAUUUCGAGGACUUCCGGAGUAUAUAAUUUCAGGAAUUCCAAUUGUAAUCUAGCGCAUUCGACUUACAAAUAAAUGCAGCGUUAAAUACUCGUA